AUGACAAAUAGUAAUACAUCUGAUGUAAACGCACUGAGUGCUGUGAGUGGAUCUUUCUACAAAUGGCUCGAGGAUGAUGUUGUGGAUACUAUAGCAGGUGUGGUUAUGUCAAUCAUUUUCGUGGUCGGAAUGAUUCUUAAUAUUAUAGUUAUCCGUGUUUUAUCCUCUAACUAUCACAUGACUAUGACAAGUAAACCGGUGUUUGUCCAGUUGAUCGCUAUAGAUUUUGUGACAUAUUGUUUUAUUAUUCUACCCGGAAUUGUAUCAGCAUUUAAAGACUCGAUUACAUUUCCAGAUGCAUUAUGUGUGAUAAACGGACUAUUUAUAAUGAUAUGUUUCCUGGCUUCCUUCUUCUUUAUGACAAUUCUCUGCUGCGAAAGGGCAAUACGUCUGUGGAAACCGACACUGCACGAAAAGAUCUUUGAGAAAAGGAGGUAUUGCUUUCUUAUUGUGAUUGCUGUGUGGUUAGUGUGCGCAAUCGCAUCAGCACUUCCGUUUACCGGAUACGGGCAGGUGGAACACAUCCCUCUCCAGCAACGAUGUGUUUUACACGGCGGAAACCAGAUCCAUAUACAUUUACUCUUUGUGUUUGGAAUAUAUAUCCCGUCUGUUGCGGUAUGCAUUUGUGGGGUUUUUACAUAUAACCGGAAACGGCAAAUUGUUUUUUCUUUAUCUAAGAUAAACAAACAAGUCGAAAUGAUAAAUCUUAAACUCGCUAAAAGAACCGAGGAAAGUAAAACAUUAUCCGCGACAGGUCGACGUUUUAAUGAACAAACGAAUUUAUGCGUAAGCGAAAUGGUAGAAGGAUCUGCAAAUUCUUGUCAUACUAUCUCUCAAUCAGUGAUGAUUCCUGGUGAUACAUCCGUAUUAGAAAAGCAACAUAACGUAAAGCCGGAUGACAUCAACCAUAUUCUACCUGAUGAUACAUUUAAUCACAAACUAACACAUGAUAUAGAAGCUGGGGUCGGUCAAAACGUAGUGGGUGGACCAAUGACAUCGAGAUCAGAAAAUGAUACGAAACGAGAUAUAUUAUGUCGAGGCGUUACUGGUGAUGAAACUAAAUUAUCAAAAGUUAAAGUCAUGUUCACAGUUUACGAAUCUUCCUCGGAAGAAAGGGACGUAACUCUAGCCGUCAGCUACAUUUUGAUGUUUAUUGUGGUAAUGGGUUUGUGGCUACCGUAUGUGGUACUGUCCUAUGCAGACGGUGACCAUAAUACUCUUUGGGGAGGCUGGUUCACCCUUGUCGGGAUGGUAUCCGAUAUAUCCUAUUGUAUCAAGCCAGUGGUGUACCUUAGUCACAACAAGGUCUUAAAGAGGGCGGCUAUGGCGUCAUUUCCGGAGUCUGUAAAAAAACGAGCAGCAAAAACACAAGAAGCACUCUUGAAAAUCGGGAAGAAACUCGAUAGUCUCGUUUUUAUUCAGAUUCCAGAUACCAAAUCAUUGAUAGAUAUAGAAAGGGAUAGAGUACGUGUUUCCCCGACAACAAAUUGA